AGAAAUGCUGAUGAAAACCCGGCAGCCCAUUUAACAGCACCUCCGACUAUAUGCAGCAUUACAACGCGGACCCCCGAAACCCUAGCAAUUCUGCCUCCGCCUUUGUUAACGUUCACUUCUCCGCCACCGAGGAAAAGUCGUAGCCGCCGUUGGUGACUUAGCAAAGAUGAGCCUGAUUUCUCAAAAUGCUGUACCUAAGGAGCCGGUGAAGAAGAAAAAGAAGGCGAUGAAGAAAGGCGAGAUUGCGCUUCUUGAAGAGGGUAAAGAAGAGGUUGAAGAUGGAAACGAGAUUGUUUUGGAUGGUACGAGGAAUCAGAAGAGAAAGAGAGGGCAGAAGGAUAAUGAUGAGCUAAUGGAAGCUGAGGAGAAGGAAAUGACGAAGCUAGAGAACUUUUUGUUUGGCCCUUUGUAUACUCCGGUUGAGUUCCGCAAGGAUGAUGAAGAUGAGGCUGGAGAGGAGUUGGACAAUGAUUGUGCAUUGUUUUUCACUGAUAGAACAGCAAACAGUGUGUUGUCUGUGUAUGAGGAGGACAUGGAUUCUGGAGAUAAAAGUACUGAGGGACAGGAAAGCCGUCAAAGGAAAAAGGUCUGGGUUGAUGAUGAAGAGGAUAAAAUUAGAAUAAAUAUAGCUAAAGUCAACAGAUUGAGGAAGCUUAGGAAAGAAGAGGAUGAAACUUUUAUUUCUCGCUCUGAGUACGUGGCAAGAUUGCGAGCUCAGCAUAUAAAGAUGAAUCCAGGCACUGAAUGGGCACGUCUCGAUGACCAGCCAAGAAAUUAUAGUUCUGAUGAUGAGGAUUCAGAGAAAGAAACUGGGGUGGUGGUAGCCGGUGGUUAUGAGGAUCCCAAAGAUGCAGAUAAUAUCCUCAGAAUAAAUGAAGACCUUGUCGUAAAGAGGAGCAUGAAAUUAUUACCUGGAUUUCUUGAGUACUCGAGACUGGUUGAUGCUAAUAUGAAAGAUCCUUCCAGUAGUACUGUUAAUUCUGUUCAGUUUCACAAGAAUGGACAGUUGUUCCUUGUUGGUGGAAAGGAUAAACGAUUAAGAUUCUUUCACAUUGACGGCAAAAAGAAUGACAUGUUGCAGAGCGUCUUCUUUGAGGAUUAUCAAAUUUACAAGGCUGCUUUCUUACCAGAGGGAUCACAUGCUAUACUAUCAGGCAGACGCAAGUUUUUUUAUACCUAUGAUUUAGUUAAGGACAGGGUAGAUAAAAUAGGCCCCCUUGCAGGAAGGGAGGAAAAGAGCUUGGAAUCCUUCGAGGUUAGUCCUGAUUCUAAGACUAUUGCAUUUCUUGGCAAUGAAGGGUAUAUCCUAAUAGUUUCAACAAAGACGAAGGAACUCAUUGGAACACUGAAAAUGAAUGGAACCGUCCGAUCAGUAGCAUUUACUAAUGAUGGUCAGCAACUGCUGAGCUCCGGUGGGGAUGGGCAAGUUUACCACUGGGACAUGAGAACGAGGUCUUGCUUCCACAUAGGUGUUGAUGAAGGUUGCCUAAAUGGUACAGCCCUUUGUACUUCCUCUGUUGGGAACUUAUUUGCAGCUGGUUCAGACAGUGGGAUUGUGAACAUCUACAAUAGAGAAGAAUUCUUGGGCGGGAAGAGGAAACCACUCAAAGCUAUUGAGAACUUGACUACUAAGGUGGAUUUUAUGAAAUUCAAUCAUGAUGCUCAAAUUUUGGCCAUCAUUUCCCGCAUGAAGAAGAAUAGCAUGAAGCUGAUCCACGUUCCAUCACUUACUGUUUUCACAAACUGGCCUCCCGCUAAUCAGACAUUGCACCACCCAAUGUGUGUGGACUUUAGCCCUCGUGGAGGUUUUAUGGCACUGGGAGAUGCUGGCGGGAGAGUAUCGUUGUACAAGCUGCACCAUUACCAUCAGGCAUAGUAAGUGUAAAACCUUAGCUUGUCAUUUUUACGAUAAGAGCCCACCAUGUGUGCGGAGAUUUGUGAUCAAGUAAUUGUGAUAGUGCAUCGUCAUGGUUUUUGCAGGCAAGGAUUAGGAUUAUUAUUCAUUUCAUCCUCUGUAUUAGUGCUUUGAGUUCAAUUCAGAGACUAGGCUCCCAAAGUAAGGUUUUCCAUCUUGGUCCCUCUACAGCAUGGGGAAGAGCUAAUUUUGUUGUUCGAUUUGAGUCAUUCCAAAAGUUUGGACGCACUUCAUAAAUGGAAAUGGAAUUAAGAAACAAGAAUCAUUUAUACACAAAGGGAUUGUAUUCACUUAUAUCAAUCUAACGCUUACUUUUAUGGUAAACUUAUGCCUGGUUAUUGGG